GAAACACCGCCGCUUUAAAGACCCUUACACCCCAAAAACAGACCCAACAUUCGGCCUGCUGAGGUCCACACUCACCCCUGCUCGGCUCCGGGUCCUUAGCCUCAGAGGAACCAGCCGGGAAACGACCUUUAAAGGCGAAUAACUCCGAGAGAAACUUGGUUUUUCCAGCAACGUGUUCCUGAAGCCGGCUGGAAAGAUGGCGGGAGAGACGUCAUCAAGAGUAGACAAGUUCACCUGACGUCAUAUAGAGGCGACGCGACGCGACGCUAAAAGUGGGAGAUUCGAAGUGACUACAGCAAAACAAAGCGGAUUUAAAGCCUUAAAGAUCCUCUUGAUGAUCAGAAACAACACAUCAGAGACUCUGACAGACAUCUUUAGAUGGCCACACCAAGUAAGACCCCGCCAGGCGCCGACCCGAAGCAGUUGGAGCGGACUGGGACGGUUCGGGAGAUUGGCUCCCAAGCGGUGUGGUCCCUCUCUUCGUGUAAACCAGGUUUCGGGGUGGAUCAGCUGAGGGAUGAUAACCUGGAGACGUACUGGCAGUCAGACGGGUCUCAGCCUCAUUUAGUCAACAUUCAGUUCAGGAGGAGAACGACGGUCAAAAUGUUGUGUAUUUACGCCGAUUAUAAAUCAGACGAGAGCUACACGCCCAGUAAGAUCUCGGUCAGAGUGGGCAACAACUUCCACAACCUGCAGGAGAUCCGGCAGUUAGAGAUGGUGGAGCCCAGCGGAUGGAUUCACAUCUCUCUCUUGAAUCAGCGCACAAACGAGCCGAUCAGCACCUUCAUGAUCCAGAUCGCCGUCCUCGCGAACCAUCAGAACGGCCGGGACACGCACAUGCGACAGAUCAAAGUCUACACGCCCGUGGAGGAGAGCUCCAUCGGGAAGUUCCCACGAUGCACCACGGUGGACUUCAUGAUGUACCGCACCAUCAGGUGAUCUGGACUGACGUGUGACAGCGGGAUCAUAAGAAAAAAGCUACAGACUGAUCCGACACCUGGAGCUGCUGGUGCUCAUCUUUAAAUGUGCCGUUUUUAAAAUCAAGCUCCCGACGUUAAUCCUGAGGUAUGAAGCGGGACACCAGAUGUUAACAGGAUCCUCAAACAGACCUCUCCACAGACCGGAUCCGGCUCCACACGGCCGACACGUUAGAGUCUGGUUUAAAAGCCAAACUAAGAUGAAAACCUUCAACUGUUGUGCCUACAGACUGUCUCCUGUUUUAGAUUUGUUACUGAACGUUGAAUUAAAUAUGUUUCAAAGCAAA